GUGGAAACGCGCACAGAGGUGUCCGUGUCCAAUCUUCCUGUUUGUUCACUCCCUAACAGCACUCUUGCUCUGCGUGUCUUCUCAGUGGAGGUGAAGGAAAGCGAAGGCUAUGGAUCUGCACUAGUCGGAGGAGCUGAGCUUUUAAAACUAUACAAGGGGACAUAAAAGGAAAAUUCUCGUUUGUUCAGUCAUCUUGGAAGGGAGGCAACUGUGCAGGCACUGCUUCCGUCCUUCCUUCCUGGGUUGAUAAGCUGCCUUGCAGCAUCACGCUAACUGGAUGUAACUCAUUUGACUUUGGUUGAGUCACCAACAGCCACCAUGCCUCAGCCAAUUGACAAUAUUGACCUGGACUUCCUCUCUGAUACUGAGCGGGAUUUGAUCCUGGAGGUGCUGCGGCGGGACGAGGUACUCAGGCAAGCCGAGGAGCAGCGCAUCCGGAAGCUGAAGGCAGAGUUGCUAGAAAUUAAGAGGAAAGGGGCCAAACGUGGCAGCAUAAGAUACAGUCAGCGGAGUUGCGCCCGAUGCCAUGGCUCACUGAGUUUGCUGGCAUUCAGUUCCAACCACUGUCAGUGCUGCCAUCACCUCGUGUGCCGUAAAUGCAGAGCCAACCUCCCGGAUGGAUCCUGGUUGUGCAGUGUGUGCGUCAAAGAGUCUGACAUGAGGAAGAGUACAGGAGACUGGUUCUACAAUCUGAGGGUCAACCGAUUCUCCACCAUGCCUGGCCACGAGCUUGUGAGAAGCAGCCUCAGAAAGAGGCCCGCGAUGAAAAAGUAUGCGACAAUGGGAGAUGUUCUACUUAGAAAUUCGGAUUCGAGCCGAGGUCCACCUGUUCCUGUCCCCAGGCACAAAGUCAGCGCCACCGACAAACGUCCUUCCAGUGAGAACUCAGACUCAGUUACUUCAACAGCAUCUUUUGAACCAAAAGAAGAUGGAAUUUUCUCUCAUGGUCCUCCCAGUGAGUACUCGGGAUCUGUUGCUUCAACAGUGUCUUUUGAGAGAAAAGGUAUCGAUGACCUGUUCAAGCCAUCACAGAGUGACGCUGAGUUGUCAGAACUCACCAGCCUCACUAGCAGCAAAACAGGCCACGAGUCAGGCCGUGUAACCCCAGACCUGCCCAGAAGAGCGGUUCUCCCACCCCAUUACAACCAGUCCAGUGUGACUCUCUUACCAGAUGCUAUCAGCAUUCAUAGUUAUAGCUGUGAAGCUGAAGCUGCCCCAGAAAUAAAUCAGGCCAUUCCAAGCCAGGAGUUUGACGUUGACAAACUCUUCAAGAAGAGCAUCCAACAUGUUCACGAUCCUCCCGAUGAUGGCAUGGAUGUGGGCAAGCAACCCGACUCGUAUAAGGUCCCAGUGGAAGUUAAGAGCCAGUUUGGACAAUUAUUGGACACCCAAGUCCCAGAAAUAAAGCAGGUCAUUCCAAGCCCAGACUUUGACGUUGACGAAUUCUUCAAGAAGAGCAUCGAAAGCAAAAGUGUCUAUAAUGAGAUGGAUGUUUAUGAUCAAUCCCACUUAUAUGAGACCUUGAUUGACGUCGAGAGAGAAUUUGUCCAAAAUUUGGACACGCAAGUCACGGAAGUAAAGCAGGCCAGUCCGAGACCUGAGUUUGAUGUUGAUAAACUCUUCGAGAAGAGCGUUAAACCUAUUGAGAAUCAUCCUGAACGUGUCUAUAAUGAGCUGGAUGUUUAUGAUCAAUCCCAUUUAUAUGAGGCCCUGAUUGACGUUGAGAGACAAUUUGACCAAAGGUCGGACACGCAAGUGACCGAAAUAAAGCAGGCCAGUCCAAGCUCCGAGUUUGAUGUUGAUAAACUCUUUGAGAAGAGUGUAAAACCCAUUGAGAAUCAUCCUGAACGUGUCUAUAAUGAGAUGGAUGUUUAUGAUCAGUCCCACUUAUAUGAGACCCUGAUUGACGUCAAGAGACAAUUUGUCCAAGGUUUGGACACGCAAGUGACCGAAAUAAAGCAGGCCAGUCCAAGCUCCGAGUUUGAUGUUGAUAAACUCUUUGAGAAGAGUGUAAAACCCAUUGAGAAUCAUCCUGAACGUGUCUAUAAUGAGAUGGAUGUUUAUGAUCAGUCCCACUUAUAUGAGACCCUGAUUGACGUCAAGAGACAAUUUGUCCAAGGUUUGGACACGCAAGUCCCAAAAAUAAAGCAGGCCAAUCAAAUGCCAGAGUUAGAUGUUGAGAAAUUCUCCAGGAAGAGCGUAAAACACUUUGAGAAUCCUCCUGAAUUUGUCAAACAUGGGUUGGAUAUUUGCGAUCGACCUGACUCGUACGAGGUCGCAGUGGCUGCUAAGAGACAAUUUGAACGAGAUUUCGACAUGCAAGUCCCAGAAAUAGAGCAGGCCGUUCCAAGCCGAGAAUUUGAUGUUGACGAACAUUUCAAGACAGUCAACAACAUUGAGAAUCAUCCCGAACGUGCCAAUAUUGGGCUGGAAGUUUCUGAUCAAUCUCAUUCAUAUCAGAACCUGGCGGACAUCAAGACGCAAAGUGUACAUGGUUUGGCCAUGGAAGUCACAGAAAUAAAGCAGGUCAGUCCAAACCCAGAGUUUGAUGUUGAGAACCUCUCCAGGAAGGGCUUAAAACACAUCGAAAAUCCUCCUGCAUGUGUCGAAAAUGAGCCUGAUGUUUGUGAUCAACCUCACUCGCAUGCGAUCCCAGUGCCAGCCCCGAGACAAUUUGUAAAAGGAUUGAACACGCAAGUCCCAAAAAUGAAGCAGGCCAGUUCAAGCCCAGAGUUUGAUGGUGACGAACUCUUCAAGAAGAGCGUCAAAAACAUUGAGAAUCCUCCUGAUUGUCUCAAAUAUGGGCUGGAGGUUUGUGAUCAACCUGACAUGUAUGAGACCGUAUUGGAUGUAACAAGCCAAUUUGAACAAAGUUUGGACACGCAAAAUCCAGAAAUAAAACAAGUCUGUCCCAGCCCUGAGUUGGAUGUUCAGAAACUUUUCAAGAAGAGCGUCACUCGUACUCAAAAUAUUCAUGAACACCAUUCAACACUUGAUCUGCGUGAUAAUCGAGACACAUUGACAGUACCGAUGGGAAACAGGAGCCAGUCUGUGCCGGAUUUAGACAUGCAAGAUGAUGAAGAGGAGGAUAUUGACAGCCUGGUUAACACUCACAGAAAUUCGAUGGCCAGUUCUGCAAGUUCAAUGAGCGUGAGCAUGACGAGCAUUUACAGUGACUCCGGAGACAGUUACAGUGUGGACGUGAGAGGGGAGGUGGUCUUUUCCAUGUUCUACGAUGAGCCCACCCAGAGCCUGCAGGUUUUAAUCAAGGAGUGCCGCAAACUGGCCUGCGGCGAUAGCCUUCGGCAGUUUUCCAAUCCUUACGUCAAAUGUUACCUCCUCCCUGACAAAUCUCGCCAGAGCAAAAGGAAGACUACUAUCAAGAGGCACACCUGCGACCCAGUCUAUGAAGAAACAUUCAAGUACAACAUUCGGCGCAAUCAGCUGUUAACUCGAAGCAUGCUGAUAUCUGUGUGGCAUCACGGCCACCUAGGCAGCAACCCUUUCCUCGGAGAGGUGGAGAUCGCUCUGGACUGCUAUGACCUGGACUGCCCACAGGAGGAAUGUAUGGCCCUCAUGACAAAAGCUCCGUGCUGCAUACCAGCGUCGGCCUUCACUCAAUUCAAAGGAGAGUUGAUGAUCUCCUUGAAGUAUGUCACACCGAAAGGCCCUCGAUUGCAGAAAUUCAAAGGCAAAAAGGUAGUGGAGGUGGAAGGUGGGGAACUCCACAUCUUGAUUAAGGAGGCAAAGAAUUUGAUGGCCAUGAAGGGAGGAGGAGGCACGUCGGAUAGCUUUGUGAAAGGCUACUUGUUCCCGUCUAAGUCCAAGACUACCAAGAGAAAGACACCCGUCGUGAAGAAGAGCCUGAAUCCUCACUACGGUCACACGUUUGUCUACAAGGAGUUGACGCUGGAGCAGCUGAGGACCAUGUGUCUGGAACUGACUGUGUGGGAUAGAGAACCCAUGUUGAGCAAUGAGUUCCUCGGAGGCGUGCGCCUCAGUUCCGGCGAAGGCACUGUAAAAAUUGGAAACCAGGAAGUGGAGAUGGAUUCCGUUGGAGAAGAGGUCAGUCUGUGGAAGAAGAUGAUGCAGUACCCAGACUCUUGGGCAGAGGGCACUCUUCCAUUGCGCACCACCAUGAGGAAGAAAAAGGGCAAAUGAGGACGCCGGAAUCUUUUUGGACAGAGGGCAAUGACGGGUCAGAAACAGUUUGAUCACAUACGAUGGUGUUUAUUUUGCAAAAAACAGAAGCUCACUUAGCGACAUGAUGGGACACGCCGUUGAUUGGCUGUAAGAAGACACUCUCUUCCCACCCGCUGGGCUCAUGUUAAGACAUGUUUUUUUUUGAUGACUAAUGUGCCAAUGCAUACUCAAUUUGUGGUUAUUUUAAGAACACUUGCACACUUGUAUUGUUUGUAACAGUAGCUGCACGGCAUAUAAAUGGUGUCAAAGCAAUAUUGUCAUAUGUAACCUGUGCUUUUUGAAUAUUUUACAUAGGUAUUGCUGUUUAUUAUCAUUAUCAAACGCAGUUGUAGGUUUAUUGAAUCUUUGUUGCAUAUGUAUGUGACUUUUUAAAUUUCUAUUGUUACUAUAAUGUUCAGCCAAUAAAUGAUGACAAACCA